AUGGUGAUGGGCACCUUCCUCCCAGGGCUCCAGGCUGGGACACCCUGGCUCCACCGGGACCUUGUCCUCCUGCCCACCGUGGUGGCAAUGCUUCUCCUCUGCGCCAGCGCCGGCCCAGCCAGGCCCACUGCCAGCCCCCGGAGCGCCUCAGGCUUCCCCCCGGACUGCAGCCACCUGCGCAAGGGCAGCGCCAGCGGCGUGUACGUGAUCCAGCCGGCCCGCUCCCCGCCGCGCGUGGUCUGGUGCGACAUGGACACCGAGGGCAAGGGCUGGACCGUGGUCCAGAGGAACUCGCACGACACCGAGCUCACAUGGAAGCAAUCCUGGACCACCUACAAGUACGGCUUUGGGAACGUGCACAGCGAUUACUGGCUGGGCACCGAGUACCUGCACCUGCUGACGCAGCAGGGCACCUACAAGGUGCGCUUCGUGGUGCGGGACAAAGCCAACGUCACCCACUACGCCGAGUACGACAUCUUCAGAGUGGAGAGCGAGGCCAGCGGCUACCCGCUGAGGCUGGGCCGGCAUUCUGGAGAUGGGGAUGACUACCUGACCCUCUACCACCCCAAGAAGGGGGGCAUUCAUGACAACAUGAAGUUCAGCACAGUCGACAAGGACCAGGAUCAGUACAGCGGGAACUGCGCCAAGAGCUACGGGGGGUGGUGGUACAACAGGUGCCAGAACGUCCUGCUCAAUGCCAAAAACUACAUUGUUUGGCCGGGAUUCUGUGAUAAAGGUGACUGUGCAUCUUCCCUCAUCCUGGUCAAACCCACAGAUGUGUGUUGACCACGCCCAGCCCCCCGGGAGUGUGGGGGUGCCACCAUCCCCAGCUCAGUGCCCCAUUCCCAUGC